AGUACGUCAUUUUCCACCUAUUGGCAUACUAAGUAUAUAAGCAUUUCCCCCUAACUGACUACCAGCAGAGACAUCUGGGAAAUCCUGGAAAACCCGAGCCCCACCUCCUUAUCUCCAUUGGAAGAGAAACGACACGUAUACGUUCUCCCUCCCACUUAUUCGUCUUUGCAGUUUAAAAUGAACCUCCACGUGCAACUCGAUUUAUAGAAUGAUGUGGGGAGAAUAAGAACUGUCAUGAGUGUCGGAGGAUGAUCAGGAUAUGGCUGAUCUACCUUAAUUUGGUGGCGGUUUACUGUCUCUCUCGGACUCGUAUCAACUCAAAUAUGGAAUUAGAAGCCUUUAAACGAAUGUUUCUUGAUAACCUUAACAUCAGGAGUGAGCCGGAUAUGUCUAAGGUUAACAUCUCUGUGGAAGAAAUGCGGAGAAUGUUGCUCAUGUAUUAUAGGGAAGAGAAGCUCUUAAAACUAUCGAAAUACAAGUCAAUAGUUAAACACGAAGAAGGAGAAUUAAGAAAAAAGUUGAUGUUUUUCCUACCUCAAAUGUCCCUGUCGGACUUGCAUUCUGCAACUCUACGUUUAUCCAUUCAUCCCAACAAUAGUGGGGUAUUGCAUUUGCUGCAUCAAAAUCAUCUAGUCAACACGCUUAAUCUCAGUACGCAUCGGGGUGAAGAACUUGAUUUGUUCAAGAUAGUGGGCCAGUGGAUCGAGCAACCUGACAGUAAUCAAGGAUUAACAUUAGAGUGCGCGAGUUGCCAAUCUAUUCCUACAGAAGCCACUUUACACGUGGUAUCCCACCGAAGAAUGAAGAGACAGGUUAAAAACAGAAGAUCAAAAUGCAAGAGAAAUUAUGAUUGUUGCUUAAAAAAACUCAAAGUUAACUUUAAAGAGAUCGGUUGGAACUGGAUAUACAGACCAGAAUCUUUCGAUUUUUAUUACUGUAAAGGAAAAUGUCGUAACGAUACUUCUAUACUUAGCCAAAAUGCGUUGAUCAGGAGUAUUUUGAGGAGCAGAAGUAUAAAAGUGCCUAGACUGUGUUGCGCGCCGAAAAGGACAGGUUCUCUCAGGAUUCUACACUACACAGAUUCGGACCCUCCAAAAUUAGUAGUUAGAAAAUUGAAGGGUAUGGUUGUCAAGAGCUGCGGCUGUCAAUAAUAUAUGCAAUGUCAAAUCUCAAGUUUCCUGUGAUAAGAUCUAUUUUUAUUUUAACUUAUAAUUAAAAUAUCAUUAUUAUCUGAUUUUUUUUCACAUAGUGCUGUUUUAUAUUAUAUUUA